AUGAGAGGAUCUUCCUAUUCCCAGAAAUCCCAGUCCCUGCAGGUGAGUGGGGCACGCAGCAGUGUGCGAGUUCAGAGCCCCUCUCCCUCCCGGUGCCGUGGAUCCUCGUACAACAACCGUGGACGCUCCGGAUACCAGGGCGGCCACGUGUCCUCGGCCGUGGAGUUGGGCACAGAGAUACACCAGGUCCAUGCCAACGAGAAGGAGGAGAUGCAGGAGCUAAACGUGAGGUUUGCAGGCUACAUCGAGAAAGUCCAGGCCCUUGAACAGAGGAACGCCCUGCUGAUGGCCGAGCUGGCUGCGCUACAGGGCCGCUUUAAGGGAGGCCCCACCGGCAUCGGAGAAGAGUACAACCUCAAGUUCAAGGAGAUGAGGGAGCUGAUCGAAGCCUUGACCAAUGAGAAGGGAGCUGCUGAUAUCGAGAGGGGAUACAUUGAGGAGGAGGUGGAGGUGUGGAGAAUGAAACUGGAAGAGGAGCUGGCACUGAAAGAGGAGGCAGAGAUGAUCCUGAGGGAAUUCCGUCAAGACGUUGACAAUGCCACUCUGCAGAAGGCUGAGCUCGAGAAGAGUGUCGAACAGCUGGUGGCCGAGAUUGAGUUCCUCAAGAAGUUGCAUGACGAGGAAGUUGCCGACCUCAUGAAGCAGAUUGAGGACUCCAAGGUGACCACGGAACUCGACGGUGACCGCCCCGACCUCGCCGCCUACCUCCGCAACAUGCGCGCCGAGAUUGAGACUGUGGCGGCCAAGAACGUCCAGGAAGCCGAGAAGUGGUACAAGGGCAAGUUUGAAACCCUCAAAGAAGUCGCCGGCAAGAAAGAAGAGCAGAUGAAGUCCAUGAAAGAAGAGAUCACCACCUUCCACAACCAGGUGACAGACCUCCAGAACCAGAUCGACGGGCUGAGGGCGAGAAACGCGGCCCUGGAGCAGCAGCUGGAGGACAUGGAGAUGGCCCACAUGGAUAAGGUUGGAGGCCUGGAGGGCAUCAUUGCUCAGCUGGAGCACCAGCUCUGCGAGACCAAGAUGGAGAUGGGCAAGUACCUGGCCGACUACCAAGAGCUGCUGCACAUCAAGCUGAAGCUGGACGCUGAAAUCGCCGUCUACAGGAAGCUGCUGGAGGGAGAGGAGAGCAGGCUGGGGAUCUCUGCAGGGAAACAACCAGAAGCUUAA